AUGUCAAAGAGCCCAAUUACAACCCAUGUAUUAGACACUGCUAAUGGUGUUGCUGCGGAGGGUGUGCGCACAACUCUCCACGUCUGCAACUCUAUUGAUGGUCUUUCCGAUUCGUGGACGGAACUUGGUAGUGGGCAAGUCCAAUCUACUGAUAAGGAUGGACGAUGCACACAGUUGAUGCUCCAAACUAAUGGGACUUACCAUACAUUGGUGCCUGGAGUAUAUCGUCUGACAUUUGCCACCAAAGACUAUUUUGCUAGCAAGGGUAGCAAGUGUUUUUUCCCAUCUGCUCAGGUCAUUUUUGAAAUCUCGAAUCCCCCUCAAAACCAUUAUCAUAUUCCACUGCUACUCAGUAAUUUCUCAUAUUCGACUUACAGAGGAACUUGA